GUUGUGAAAAGAGUACUGCAGCGCAAGUACCGAAUAAGGCUCUGACAAGCAACUAAAAAGAUGAUGGAAGACCAGUAGAUUGGCUUGGCCCCCCUAUUCAACAGCAGCCUUUCUUGUCCUCCUCGAUUAGUUUCGUUUCCAUUGCGUGUCCAUAUCCUGGGAAGGUUAUACAGAACUUCCCAUCACCCUCAGCUUCAACCAUCCUCAGAACCUCUGACAUACAGGAAGAUCACAAAGACUCAAUUCAUUUACCAAUAGGGGAAAACCCGUGUACCACUGAUUUGUAUACCCCGAUGCUCGUCAACCCUGUUCCUGUUGCCAAAGCCUUGAUUGUCCCGGGCUAGGAGCAAGAGACAUUGGACACAAGCAACACUUAGCAAUCCAAAGGCCACACUCACCACUUCAACACCUAUCACAAAGCAUCAAAACAAUCCAAUUCACAGCCAAAAUGAUGGCCAAGCCAUGGAACGAACACCAAGGGACUAUCACCAAGUUGUACAUCAAGGAGGGUAGAACACUCAAGGAUGUCCGCAACAUUAUGAAGUUGAAGUACAACUUUGACGCUUCAAUCCGCUCAUAUCGACAGCACUUUGAUAUUUGGGGAGUUGGCAAGUAUACUUGCAAGAAACGAGAAGAGCGCCGUCGCCGAUCCCUCAAUAAGAGCCUGUCUCUCUCCCCAUCACAGUCUCUUGCAGACGUGAUCAUAAAGCAAGAAGAGGCAAGCUCGCCAGCUUCUUCGUCGGGCUCCAGCUCUGUAAGCCGACGCUCAUCAGAGCAGAAACCUCUGCCUGUGCUGAAGCAGCCCAUUCUCUACCCAAACUUUUUCCAGGACCAGAUGCGGUCUCAAGACGAUGCGCAGACAAAGAUUGAUGCUUCUCGAGCGCCGUUGUGGGAGGGCCUGGACAUAGACAUGCUUCGCAGUUCCCAGACUGCUCAAGCCAUGUUGCCAUCAAUCAUGCCCAUCCAGUCUUAUAAUGAGGCUACGAGCUGGCCAGUGCCUCGAGGCGCGCCAUCGUAUCUCAACAGUCCUCCCCAGCCCUUUGACCGAUCACAGUUUAAGACUAUGGUCCCGCGGUAUGUACCUGACCAGCCGUUGUACUCUCGUGACGCUGGACUCCGGUUGGGCUUGCGAGCUCCAGACUUGUCUGUGGGCAGACCAAACUCAGGGGAUCUGCUUCACCACAUGGUUGGCUAUCACGGCGUGGCACAGGGGUAGAACAUAUGUAGACGACAGACAGCAAGGGUGCAUUCCACUAACACUAUCUUUCUGGGGAUGGGACACGUUCAAGGAUGGAAGGGAACAUCGUUGGGUCACACUCCUUUCAUAAACGUUGGUUAAGUGGCUGGGACAAACGGUUGAUCUCGGAACGUCUCAUAUUAAAU